CGGCCGAGUGCUGUGGGUGGGGCGGCGGCCGCGGCGUCCACGCUGGGCCGGGCGCGGGUCCCGCACGGCCACCCGGGUCCGGCGCGCAGGAUGCAGGGCCCCGAGCCGGCGCCGGAGGCCGAGGCCCAGCCCGAGCCCGGCAGGGGCGGCCGCGCGGGCGGCGCCAAGGGCUGGCAAUACAGUGAUCACAUGGAAAAUGUGUAUGGCUACUUAAUGAAGUACACCAAUCUCGUCACCGGGUGGCAGUACAGGUUUUUUGUUUUAAAUAAUGAAGCGGGGCUGUUGGAGUACUUUGUGAAUGAACAGUCUAGAAAUCAGAAGCCCAGAGGUACUUUGCAGCUUGCAGGAGCUGUAAUAUCACCCAGCGAUGAGGACUCUCACACCUUCACUGUCAAUGCUGCCAGUGGGGAACAGUACAAGCUCAGAGCUACAGAUGCUAAAGAGCGACAGCAUUGGGUCAGCAGGCUUCAGAUCUGCACGCAACACCACACUGAGGCUAUCGGGAAGAAUAACCCUCCUCUGAAGUCACGGAGCUUCUCCCUAGCAUCUAGUGGUGAUUCUCCUCUGUCCCAGAGGCGACCAAGUCAAAAUGCCAUUUCUUUUUUUAAUGUUGGACAUUCCAAACUACAAUCAGUGAGCAAAAGAACGCAUUUGCCUCCAGACCAUCUUGUGGAAGUCAGAGAAAUGAUGUCUCAUGCUGAAGGACAACAGAGAGACCUAAUUAGACGCAUUGAAUGCCUUCCUGCUUCUGGCCAUCUCAGCUCCUUGGACCAGGACCUCUUAAUGCUCAAAGCUACUUCCAUGGCGACAAUGAACUGCCUGAGCGAUUGCUUCCACAUCCUCCAGCUGCAGCACGCAUCCCAUCAGAAGAGCUCACUGCCUGCAGGAACGACAAUCGAGUGGUUAGAACCAAAGAUACCUUUACCAAACCACUAUAAAAAUGGAGCCGACCAGCCCUUUGCAGCUGAGCAGAGUAAACCAGUCGCAGGCCCGGAGGAGCAGCGUGUUGCAGAGUCUGGACUAGUAGCGAGGGAGCCAGAGGAGAUCCACACGGAGGAUGAGGUGGAGGAUACCUGCGACGACAAGGAGGAUGACCUGGGGGCGGUGGAGGAGCAGCGCAGCGUCAUUCUGCACCUGCUGUCGCAGCUCAAGCUGGGCAUGGACCUGACCAGAGUGGUGCUUCCUACUUUCAUCCUAGAGAAGCGUUCCUUGCUGGAAAUGUAUGCAGACUUUAUGUCCCACCCAGACCUGUUCAUCGCCAUCACCAACGGCGCCACCGCGGAGAGCAGGAUGGUUCGGUUUGUUGAGUACUACCUGACCUCCUUUCACGAGGGCCGGAAAGGGGCCAUCGCUAAGAAGCCGUACAACCCGAUCAUCGGAGAGACAUUUCACUGCUCCUGGCGGGUGCCCCGGAGCGAGGUGGCACCCAGUGUCGCCGGCAGCGCCCUGCCGCGGGCAGAGGAGGGUGUGAGCCAGGCAGGCUCAGACUGUUACGCCGUCAGGUUUGUGGCCGAGCAGGUCUCCCAUCACCCUCCGGUCUCGGGAUUUUACGCAGAAUGUGCAGAGAAGAAGAUGUGUGUCAACGCUUACGUCUGGACCAAGAGCAAGUUCUUAGGCAUGUCAAUCGGUGUGACGAUGGUCGGGGAAGGUACCCUGAGCCUGCUGGAACACGGAGAGGAGUACACGUUUUCCCUGCCCUGUGCCUAUGCUCGGUCAAUCCUAACUGUUCCCUGGGUAGAACUGGGUGGCAAAGUCAGUGUCAACUGCGCAAAAACUGGAUAUUCAGCCAGCAUCACUUUCCAUACUAAGCCGUUUUAUGGUGGCAAACUACACCGGGUCACGGGGGAGGUGAAGCACACCCUCACCAACACGGUAGUGUGCAGAGUACAAGGGGAGUGGAACAGUGCUCUGGAGUUCACGCUCAGCAGCGGAGAGACCAAGUACGUGGACCUGACUAAGUUGGCGGUGACAAAGAAGAGAGUAAGACCGCUGGAGAAGCAGGACCCAUUCGAGUCCAGACGAUUAUGGAAAAACGUGACAGACUCUCUGAGGGAAUCUGAAAUCGAUAAGGCCACCGAGCAUAAGCGGGCCCUGGAGGAGCGCCAGAGGGCCGAAGAAAGGCGCCGGGCAGAAACAGGCACAGCUUGGAAAACCAAAUAUUUUACCAGAGAGGGAGAUGGCUGGAUUUACCACAAGCCCCUUUGGAAAGUAAUUCCAACCUCACAACCAGCAGAGUGACAUGCGCUGUCUAAGACUCACCAAAGGAGCUUCUCUGUUUACCCUCCCCUCCCAGAAUGGAGUCAUUGCACUGAGUGACCUGCUUUCUGAUUGCACAGACAGAAAUUAGGUGACCCCGAGUGUUCCUGCUGGACAUCUGCAGGACUGCGCAAGACCAAAGUGUCGGAGAAGCACGACGGACCUCGCUCCAGCUGCUCGUCCGCAGCGUGAACAGCGUCCGCUUGGAACCUUUACCUGAGUUCUUAGGCGAUUCACUUUUUAUCCAUUCCUGCUCCUAAUGCUGAGUUCAAAUCCCCUAUUUUUGCUUGGGGGCAGCUGAUGUAUACAGCAGUGAGGAAGAGAUUUUGAUUUCUUUGUAGUGAAAAAUGAGGUCUCUGUCAGAGUUUGUGCUUUGCUUUCUCUCAGUAACUGAAGUGUUCACUACUCUUGUAAACAGACAGGAGGAGCAGGAGGAAGAUGACCCAGAAGUGGGUUCAGCCACUGUGCCUGGAAUCAGUGUUAAAAAAAAUCAACCUAGUGGUAGUAACAAGGCAUUCUGUUCCUUCAAAAAGACUGCUUCCAUGUGUUCAAGGAACUUAUUCAUCUUCCACCUCUGUUGGAGCUCUCUUUUAAAAACAUAUUUAUAAAUUAAUUAGCGUUAUAACCAUGAAGAAUUUUUCUUCCGAGCAUUUUAAUAUACUUGAAAACAACAUCGACUUGAAAGAUUUCAGAGCAAUUUUCAAUAGCUAGUUUUAUUAAAUAUCACACUCAAGAGACAACUUUUUAAAAACGUGUUUAUGUCAGUAUGAGGAAAUUUGGGCCUUUCUGAAGAACUGAGGCAUUAAAGAAGAGCAAAUAUUAAAAGAUAGAACUGUUACUUUUUUCUUCUUACCUUGUUUUUUCACUUGUAGGUUGAUAUCCAGUAUUAUGUGCUAUCCUUCUGGACAAAUAUGCUUUACCUUACCUCUGAUUGUUCAGAAUUUAAAACAGCUAUUCAUACUUGUCAGUAAUUCAGGAGUUAUAUACAUGAGUGAUUGCAUGUAAGGAAGGUAUGGAAUGGGUGUGGGGUGGGGGGGCUCUUGGUUUCUUUUUUUUCCCCCAAGGAAACUCAAAUGCUGAAUAAAGUAUGAAAUUAAAUGCUAUCAGGAUGUAAAAGAUAUCAGGAAGUUGCAUUCAGGUACAGAUAUUUUUUAAAAAUAAGUAUUUUACUGAGAUUGAAGAAUUGCUGGCAAUUAAGAGAAUAGUGCUAAUUAUGGCUUUCAUCAUUCAUUCGAGUAUUUAUUGAGUACCUACUUAGGGUGCUCAGCACUUGUUACUGCAAGCUACCUUAAUUUUUCAAGCGUGGUGCCUUACUCUGUCCCUUCUGCUGUGUCUUCCAAUCAGUGUGUACCAUAUACUGUAUUCACCAGCCACUGUGGGUGGCUGCAUCUGUCCCACCAUCAAAAGAAGCUUCAGCUUUGUACUCUGGUUAAUUGUAUUCUAUUGAAGGGGUUAAUAGGAUGAAAAGAGCAAGACAAUUUUGUCAACAAGUUGUAAAUUAUAAGAAGACAAUGGGUAUUCGUACAACCAUUUUAAUGAUUCCCUUGUUCAUUUUUGCUGUGAAACGCACUGAAAAAUCUCAAAAUGAAUUAUAGUUUGUGUUGGGAAGAUUGAAAAAUAAUAAAACUAAAGAACAAUGAGGUUUUUGUCUGUUUCUGUGAAUAGAAAUAAAAGUUUGUAUUUUAAGAAGUU